UCUUUGAUUAUGACGUUUUCUUGAGAAAGGUAGAGCUUUCGCUUAGAUUUUAAGUGGGUCACUGUGUGUGUGUUCUGUGUGUGAGAGAGAGAGAAACGGAGCCAAUUUUAGAGAGAGAUAGAUAGAGGUGUAGAACACAUCAGGGACGCCUGUCAAAUUGUGAUAAAUCUUCACCGACUCGCAGUUUGUUCAAACCCCUUUUGUUUCUUCAUUUGAUUUAGUCUCUUUUAGGGUUUAUGUUACUUCUGUUUCUCUUCAAUUCUGUUGUUGUUUGAAAGAAAACCCUAAAUUGUUUGUGUUUGAUUAGAUAGAUAUAUUCUUAAUUACACUGUUUUAUUGGAUCUUUGAUGGCGUAUGAUCAGAAUGCUUUGCCUAAUAGUUUACGCCCAAUUCAUAUAGCUAGAACACCCGUUGAUGAGUCUCGAAUCUCUCCGUUACCGAAUUCGAAUCCCCUCCCGCGGGAAGUGGCUGCCUCGGGUAGCCCAGGAACGGUGCCGGUGUACUACCCGUCGACAGCCCCGGCUGUUCCGGAUUCGGGGUAUGUUGGUUUAAGUUAUGGGAAUGUAGUUCCGGCCGUGGUUAAUUGGCUGCCGCGUGUGCCGCCACCUGCGGCUGCAGCGGCGCCGGGUGUGAGUUUGGUUUCGGGUUAUGGGUAUGGAAACAGUGCCGGUUUAGGGCAGAGUGGGUAUAAUACGAAUAAUCCGAAUUUAGCACCGAGCGGUGGUAGUAAUGCGUCGGAGCAUACUAGUGAGGAGAGUGGGGAGGAUUCGGUUUCGGGGCGGAAAGUUAAGUUUUUGUGUAGUUAUGGGGGGAAGAUUUUGCCGAGACCGAGUGAUGGGGUGCUUAGAUAUGUUGGUGGGGAUACUAGGAUUAUUAGUGUUAGGAGAGAUGUGGGGUUUAAUGAGUUGAUGCAGAAGAUGUUUGAUUCGUAUGGACGGAAUGUUGUUAUUAAGUAUCAGUUACCUGGAGAAGAUCUUGAUGCGCUUGUAAGCGUUUCGAGACCGGAGGAUUUGGAGAAUAUGAUGGAUGAGUAUGAUAAGUUGGUUGAGAGAUCUUCUGAUGGUUCGGCUAAGAUGCGAGUGUUUUUGUUUUCGGACGUUGAAUCGUCUAGUGUCAUCCGGUUUAAGGAUUUGCAAGAUAGUGGGCAGAAGUAUGUGGAGGCAGUGAACGGGAUUGGAGAGAGCUUCAGUGGCGGUGGUGGUGGGGGCGGCGGCAGUGGUGGUAUUGGUAGGAAGGGGAGCGGAGCGAGUGCUUCCUCUACUCAGAAUUCGGAAGUGAGUGGUGGCGCUGAAGGCGGUGCUGAGAGUACAGGACAUGAUCAAGGGGAGGUGAUUGGUCCGGCAUUUGGCGGUGUGGUGUCGUCUCCUGGUGGCAGUUAUGCCACUGGCGUUACUGUUGCUAAACCCAUUGCUGUUCCAGUGUCACCUUCUCAAUCUGAUCAUGAAUCCGAAAUAUUGGAAAGAACGGUCCCUGUUCAUAUACAACAACAGCGGCAAUUUGGAUAUGAUCUGCAACCGCCUGGAGCCGCCAUUCAACCGCCAGCACCGUAUGUCCAAACUUAUGUUGACCCCCGCCAUGGGACCUUUAGCCGUACUGAGUACAUACAGAUGCCACCACCACAAAUGGGGUACCCAUCUCAGAUUAUGGGCAGCAUUGGCCCGGUCUACGCCCAACCGCAACUCCAUAAUAACGUAAUCGGAAUCGGAGUCACCCCACAUCAGUAUAUCACGCCUUCCUCACACGUCAGUUUCAGUCCGAACUCAAAUCCAGUUCCGGUUCAAAUUCCCACUCAAGCUCCAACUCCAGUUCAAGCUCAACCUCCGGCUCAAGCUCCUCCUCAGUAUGUGCAGCAACGGGAGGUUGUAAUGGAACCUUUUCCCAGUGAGCCAAGCUAUUCUACGUAUCAACCUCAAACGCAAAUCUCUCCUCAAGUUAUUCCCGGAGCUUAUGGUUGGAAUCAGGUUCUGGCCCAAGAACAAGUGUCGUUUUCGGAGAGCCGGGUGCCCGCUCAACAACUGGCAUACCCCGAGCUGGUGCCUAGAUUUGACGGGUGUAUCAUGUGUCAAAAAGCAUUGCCUCAUGCGCAUCCGGAUCCCUUGGCACAGGAGCGUAGAGAAAGUCCGAACGCUCAACAACUGGUAUACCCCGAGCUGGUGCCUAGAUUUGACGGGUGUAUCAUGUGUCAAAAAGCAUUGCCUCAUGCGCAUCCGGAUCCCUUGGCACAGGAGCGUAGAGAAAGUCCGAACGCUCAACAACUGGUAUACCCCGAGCUGGUGCCUAGAUUUGACGGGUGUAUCAUGUGUCAAAAAGCAUUGCCUCAUGCGCAUUCGGAUACCUUGGCACAGGAGCGUAAAGAAAGUCCGAGAUCAACAGUAUCUGAUGUGAAUCCUGUUUAUCAGAGUCUUAAAUUUGAAGACACCAGAAGAAUGAUGCAACCCAACAGAGUUCCUGGUGAUCCUGCUAUACAGGUGUCAACUCCUUAUGGUGUAUUGGUCCAACAGUCUGCUGUCCCGAUGCAAUAUCAAGUGAAUCAGGAGCCGGUAGUUAAUAAAGUUGUUAGCGGCGAUUCGAACCCGGUUCGAGUUCCUUCACCGACAUCAGACACUCAGGUUCAUGAGUCUCCAAGGGAGUAUGAUAAUCUGAGACAAAUUGAAGCUAGAAUGGAAGAUUUACGACUACGUCCUCAUGAUGUUCUUGUCAACGCCGAUCAGAGUAGCUUUCAUGUUAAGAAUCCACAAGAUGAAAUCUUGGAAAAUAGACCCAUGAAUCUUGAUAAAUCCCAAAUGGUUGUUGAUCCAAAUUACACUGCCUCGGAGGUUCCGUGGUUGCAUGGAUUCCAAUCAGUGGGGCCCGGUGGAGCAAGCAACAUGGGUGUUAACGACCCGAGCCCUCCGUUUUCUGGUAGUGAUUCAGCCCGUGAAGUGGAGACUGUGUUAAUUGACCCCCUUAAUCCAUUUAACGGGGCUGUAGUUGAAUCCCAAGAUGGUGCAAACUCGCUUUUUAGCAACCAAGAUCCUUGGAUGUUACGACAUGAUUCGCAAUUUCCGCCACCUCGACCCACCAAACUCAUGCCGAAAAAGGAGGGUGUUGCCGCUAAGGAAGAAUCACCUACGUCAGACGUGCUGAUUGAUGAUGGACCUUACCAGACAACUGCUAAUUCGGACUUGAAUUUCGGUGUGGAACAUGGUUCAGCAGAGGAGUUGAUCAAACAAGAACUUCAGGCGGUUGCUGAGGGUGUGGCUGCUUCUGUUCUUCGUUCAUCAACACCCACUCAACCCGACUUAAAUAAACAUAGCUCAGAAGCUAACCUGAGCGGUGAAGCUCAGAAUAGUAACGAAGACGCGCAAUCAGGAGUUGAAGUUGAGGAUCUGAAAACAAAGAUUCCGGAAAAGACAAAUCUUGGGUUUCCCGUUUCAGAUGGUCUGGGUUCUUUGCAGAUAAUCAAGAACAGUGAUCUUGAAGAGCUUCGUGAACUGGGUUCGGGCACAUUCGGAACUGUUUAUCAUGGCAAGUGGAGAGGAUCCGACGUUGCGAUUAAACGAAUAAACGAUAGAUGCUUUGCCGGGAAAGCUUCAGAACAAGAACGCAUGAGGGAGGACUUCUGGAACGAAGCAAUAAAGCUUGCAGAUCUUCAUCAUCCAAACGUUGUAGCGUUUUACGGGGUUGUACUUGAUGGUCCCGGUGGCUCUGUUGCUACGGUUACAGAGUACAUGGUUAAUGGCUCUUUAAGAAAUGCUUUGCAAAAGAAUGAAAGGAAUCUGGAUAAGCGCAAACGGCUAUUGAUUGCCAUGGAUGUUGCUUUUGGUAUGGAAUAUCUUCAUGGGAAAAACAUAGUACAUUUUGACCUGAAAAGUGACAACUUACUUGUUAAUCUGCGUGAUCCGCACCGUCCAAUAUGCAAGGUUGGAGAUUUGGGGCUAUCAAAAGUCAAACGUCAAACACUUAUCUCGGGUGGUGUGCGUGGAACACUUCCAUGGAUGGCACCUGAGCUUCUAAAUGGCAGCAGCAGCCUCGUUUCAGAGAAGGUUGAUGUAUUCUCGUUCGGCAUUGUCAUGUGGGAACUUCUUACUGGAGAUGAACCAUAUACAGACUUACAUUACGGGGCUAUAAUUGGUGGGAUUGUAAGCAACACGCUUAGGCCUCCAGUCCCGGACGGUUGUGACCCUGAAUGGAGAUCUUUGAUGGAGAGAUGCUGGUCAGCAGAGCCAUCAGAGAGACCAAGCUUCACUGAAAUAGCCAACCAGUUACGCACCAUAACCUCAAAGGUUCCACCAAAAGUACAACCGUAUCAGUAACUAACUUGCUACUAUUUUCCAAACGAGCUGACAUGCAUAGUUUAGUACAUCCUAAAAUUUUCCUUGUACGGGGUAUGGUAUCUAUCCGUGGUAUAUCUCUACAAAGUUGAGACCGUAGAAUGUGUUUCUGGGUUCCUGUUUUCCCUUUGUUUGGUUCUCGUAGCGCACACACACGCCCGGCGAUUGCCCACAGCUCUCACAGACCUAUGUUAUGGUUCGGCAUUAUAUUGGCUAUGUGGAUGUGGGUUUGUAGUUUGGGUAUUGUUAGCAAAUAAGUAGUUAAUUACAGAAAUUAUUCACACCUUGUUCAAAAUAUUCAUACAGGUCUUUUUUAGUUAAUAACUAGUCUUUAUUUUAGAUGUU